CGCAAGUCUAAUAUGGUGUCAGCUGUUGCAAAGUAAAAUUGCGUAAAAUUUAUAACAAUGUAAAAUUGUGUGCAAUAAUUAAACGAUUUUUGUGCUAUGGACGAAGAAAUUGAUAUAUAUGCGGAUAUACCAAGUUUUAAUGAAAAUGAUUCACAUAAAUGUAAACAAUGCGUGAAAUUGGAAACACAAUUAAAUGAAUUGACGAAUAAAUUUAAGGGUCUUGAGAAAUGUAGUAAAAUAUUGGAGGAUAAUUACUCGUCACUAUUAUUGACAGCUAAAGGUGAAAUCACGAGAAAGGAACGAAUGAUCGAUGAUCUUCGACAACAAUUGAAUGAUAGAACAUUUCGACGAGGAAAAUACAGACAAGAUACACAAAUUUCUAAAUCCAAAUUUACUAAUGAAUCACAGGUUCAUGUUCCAAUACCACCACCGGAGAUUAUAAAAAAUAUUGAACCUCAAAAUGCAAUUGUCGACGUGUCCGAAUAUAUUUGUAAUUCAGCGCCAAAUAUUAAAGACGACGAUGACGUUGAACAAAAAUAUGAACCAAAUAAAAUUUUCAAUACCGUUUAUUCUCAAAGACUUAGGAAAAAAUUACAAGAUGAAGACAAUAAAAAGAAGAUAUUGGAGAAUCAAGAGAGUGAAAAUGAGAAGAAAAUUGAAGAAAACAUGGAAAGAAAAGAAGAAUUGGAAAAUAUAAAAUCACCUGUGCCUGAUAAUUUAAAGGAAUUAAAUGUAAAAUGUAAUAUACAUAACAAGGAAAAUGUAUCAUCUUCAAAUCAAUUACAAUCAUCGACAUUAAAUUCACAAUCAACAAUAACGAGUUCUUUAAAUGAGGAAAAUUCCAUUAAAAAUAAAACUAUUUUCACAAAUAAAUCAUCAACUAAAAGAUCUCACGAUGAUAAUGAUGAAAUUAUUUCAAAUAAACGUAUAAAAACAGAAAUAGUUUACGAGCAUUAUCGCGAAAAUUGGGGCAUUGAUAAUGAAACAGAAUCAAUUGAAAAACAAAAUCAUAAAUCUGAAACUUAUAAUUAUAAUACUAAUUUUGGAAAAUUUAAUGAAAUAAAUGAUGAGAAAUAUAGUAAAAAAAUGGAAAAUUCUAGUCAUGAUUCACGUCUCAAUCAAAUUUCAGAACAAUCAAUAUCAACAUUUCUUCAAGAAAAACGUAGAGAUGUGGAAAAAAGAGAGAAUUAUGAUAGAGGAAGACAUGAACAUGAUAAAUAUAGAAAUAAAUACGAUUCAGAGAGAUAUUAUGAUAAUGAUAGAGAUCAUAGGGAUGUAAUUAAGCAUAAAAAAUAUGAGAGAGAUUAUUAUAGACAUGAGAAAUAUGAUAAGAGAAGAUACGAUGAUAAAUAUGAAAAUACAAGAUAUGAACGAGAACGAAAUGAUAAAUAUAGUAAAAGAACAAGAAGAUCGGAAAGUUUAAGUCCAGAGAGAAAUUAUUCGAGAUAUAAAGACAAUUUAAGAGGCGAUAAUUUUGGACAACGGCAGAAGGAGAAAUUUAAUGAGAAUCAGAAAAAUAAAAAUGAAGAUUGGCGAGAUAAAUUUGAUCGUCCUUGUGAUACGGAUGUUAAAUUAACAAUGAAUGAUUUCAAUUCUAGAAGACAACAAUGGCGAAACAAUAGUAAUAAUUGUUCAGCGAGAAGUAAAAGUUGUGGUAGCGGUAGAGAUAGAAGAGAUAAUAUUUACAAUUCCGAAAGAAGUAGAAGUAGAGGUAAAGAAUUAAAAAUUACCGAUCCAAAUAAAAAAAUUAGUUUGGAAAAUUAUAGAGCACGAAGAGAUCAACGCAGUGAUUCCUCGGAGAAGAAAAUUAAUAGAAAAAGUUCAGAGAAGGAACAGAAGUUAAAAGAAAAUUCCACAAGAAAUAGAAGAUCAAGUACGGAUAAAAUUUCAAAAAAAGAUGAAUUUAUAGAAUCAAAAAUUAUUUCCAAUGAAAAAAACCAAACGAUUUUAGUAAAAAAGAAUACAAAACUUUCAAAUAUUCCCGAAGAAUCAAUAAAUAAGAAAUUAGAGGACGGAGAACAUUCUAAAAAUAAAAAUACUUUAAAAUUGUCAGUAAUUUCAAAUUUAGAAGAAAAAGGAAAAAUUGAAAAAAAAGAGAUCACAAAAAUUGAAAUUAAUAACAAGACAAAAGAUAGUGAAAAUUCUAAUAAAGAAAUAUUGCUCACGGAUAAUUUGCCCAACGAAAUCAAGGAAAAAAAUAAUGAAAAUAAAUUAACAAAUUCAAAUCCUAAACUGGUUCAAGCAAUUCUUGGUGAAAUUUUAAACAACACUAUCGAGAGACAUGUACAAAGUCUCGAUUCAUUUAUUGAAUCGGCAGAGAGAAUUUUGGAAGAAAAUAAAGAGGGUUACAAUAGUGCCAAAGAAAUAUCAAAAGAAAUGACAAAUGAAUUAAGAGAUGAAAUAAAUGGAACAAUUGAAAAAAAUAAUACAAAUAAAAUUGAAAACAUAGACAAACAAUUGGAAAAAAUAAGUCCUAUUAAAAAAAAUCAAGUAUCAACAGAAGUAGAGGGGAAAAUUUCAAAUACAAUGAAGCAAAAUAAAAAAUGUGAAACUAUAAAAUUAAAAGUAACAACAAAAAAUGAGAAAACUGAUCCAGGCAUUAAAGAAAAUCAGGAAAUAAUUUUAAAACCUACAAUUUCAAGUCUAAAGGAAGAAAAACAGGGAAAAAUUGUCGACAAUUCCAAGUGUAAAAUUUUAAGUCCUAAAAAAGAAAAUCGGGAAAAAAGUACCGAAAAUUUAAAAUGUAGAAUUUUAGCACCAAACGAACAAAAUCCAAAAAAAUUUAUAGAAAAUUCAGAACCUAAAAUUACAAGUACAAAAGAAGAAAAUAAAGAACAAAUUACAGAAAGUAAAUUGAAAAUUUCAAAUACAAAAGAAGAAAAUCAAGGAAAAAUUGCAGAAAAUUCAAAGUUAAAAAUUACAAACAAAGAAAAUCGAGAAAAAAUUACAGAAAAUUCAAAACCUAAAGUUUCGAGUUCAAAAGAGGAAAAUAAAACAACAGAAAAUUUAAAACCUAAAGUUUCAAGUUCAAAACAAGAAAAUCAAGAAAAAAUUAACGAAAAUGCAAAACCUAAAGUUUUCAGUUCAAAAGAGGAAAAUAAAACUACAGAAAAUUUAAAACCUAAAGUUUCAAGUUCAAAACAAGAAAAUCAAGAAAAAAUUAACGAAAAUGUAAAGUGUAAAAUUUCAAAUCCCGAAAAUGAAAAUCGAGAAAAAAUUAAGGAAAAUUUAAAAUCUAAAAUUUCAAAUACAAAAAAGGAAAAUGGAGAGGAAAUAAUUGAAAAUUCAAAAUCGAAAAUUUCAAAUCCAAAAGAAGAAAAUAAAAAUAUAGAAAAUUCAAAGUCAAAAAUUUCAAAUUCAAAGAAAGAAAAUCAUGAAAAAAUUAUAAAGGAUUCAAAAUCUAAAAUUCCGAGACCAAAUGAAGAAAAUGGAGAAAAAAUAACAGUACAUUUAAAACAUAAAAAUUCAAAUUUAAAAGAAGAAAAUAAAAAUACAGAAAAUUCCAAGCCUAAAAUUUCAAAUCCAAAAGAAGGGAAUCAGGAAAAAAUUAUUCCAAAUUCAAAAGAAGAAAAUCAAUUAAAAGUAAUUGAAAAUUUGAAGCCUAAAAUUUCGAAUUCAAAAGAAGAAAAUAAAAAUGCAGAAAUUUCAAAGCUUAAAAUUUCGAAUUCAAAAGAAGAGACUAAAAAUAUAGAGAAAGGAGUGAAAAUUACAGAAACUAAAAUUGUAUGUUCAGAAAAUAAAAUUCUAAAACCAUUGGAUGAAUGUUGUGUAGAUGUGAAAAAAGUUUCUAUUUCAUCAACAAUAAAAGUUCAAAAUUUACCAAAACAAGUGGAAUCAAAUUCAAUUCAAAUGGGAAAUAUUUCAAGUGCCGUGAAGGAAAGGAGAAAAAUUAUGAAAGAACAAAAAACAAUUGAAGCCCAACAGAAAAUAAAUGAUCAACUUUUAUUAUUAAAAUCAAAAGAAGUGAAAAAACCAAUUUCAAAAAUAAAACAAGAAACAACGGAUAUAAAAUCUAAAACAAAAAAAAUUGAUGAUAAACUAAAGAAGAAAAAAUUAGUGAUUGUAAAACGAAGAACCAGACCUGUUAUUUUAACCGAUAGUAAUGCAUCGACGACAAUUGUCUCAAAAGAAAAUAUGAUUGUGAACAUUAAAUUAAAUACUAGUGGGGAAAAAAAUAAUUUAUUAUCCUAAAAAAAAAGAAAGAAAAGGUAUUCUUGAAAAAAAGUGUUUUUGAAAGAAAUCUAAAAUAGUAAUUAAUAAAAAAGGGACAUUUUUUCAAAAAAAAAAAAUAAUUUUAAAUCAUUGUUUUCAAGAAUAAUAAUUGAAGAGCGUCUAAUAGGAAAAGCAAAUUUUUUGGAGCAUUUUAGUUUUAUACUUUAUUUUGACCCCCCCCCCAAAUAUAAAUCUAUACAAUUUCCACAACAAUAGAUGAAAAAAGAGAGGGGAGAAAAUUUCUACAAGGGUGAUUUUAGAUUUAGUGAGAGGGUGCAACAACAACAACAACUGUAUAUAUGUAAGCGCCGACGCGAUUUCUCUCUCUCUCUCUCUCUGACGUCAGGAUAGACGCCGAGCGUCCCCGUGGUUUUUGCGCUGUCGCGUUACAGCUGACGACGACGACGACGACGACGAUAAACAACGUCGUCCAAAACAUGGACGUUAUCAAUAAUCUUACUUCAAAGUAACUAAAAAAAAAAAAUUGUGAGUUCUAUUUUCCUAUAAUUCAUCAAUAUUGUAAUUUUCCCCCCCCAAAAAAAGUGUACUUUUUCAAAAAUCAAUUGAUAUAAAAAUUGUACUCGUCUUUCUCUAAUCUAAUAAUAUUCUUACGCAUCUAGUAAAAGUGUGACGAUACGAGGCAACAGAAGUGCUUUAGUAGGCUUUCGAUCCAAAUUGAUUAUUCUUGUGCGGUUGUGUGUGGAAUUUCAGUGAGAAUAUUAUAAUACAUUCGUUUGAGAGCAAAAAAAAAAAAAAAAAAGAAAA